AUGCCCUUCGCCGUGGGCCAGUCGACGACGGUGCUCGAGGGCCUCGCGCCCUACGAGUCGCCGGAAUCGCUGCCGAAGCUCUACGAGUUCGAGGCGUGCCCGUUCUGCCGGCGCGCGCGCGAGGCCGUCACGGCCCUGGACCUCGAGGUCGAGAUCUACCCCUGCGGCCGCGGGUCGCGGCACCGCGCCGCGGCCAGGGCGCUCGGCGGCAAGGAGCAGUUCCCGCUGCUCGUCGACGGCGAGCGGGUGCUCUACGAGUCCGAGGCCAUCGUCGCGUACCUCGCGGCCAAGCGCGGCGCGGCGCCGGAGGCGCUCGCGGACGGCGGCGGCGCGGCGCCGUCGCUCGCGGCGACGGCGCUCCGCUUCGGCCGCGGCGCCGCCGUGUCGCCCGCGGCGCCCGCGGCGGCGCCGGCGAAGCUGCUCGAGCUCUACUCCUACGACGGGAACCAGUUCUGCCGCCUCGUGCGCGAGGCGCUGUGCGAGCUCGACAUCCCCUACGUCCUGCGGUCGGCGGGCAAGGGCAGCCCGCGCCGCGCGGCCCUCGAGGCGCUCGCCGGGAGCAGCCGGUGCCCGUACCUCGUCGACCCGAACACGGGCGCCGCGCUCGGCGAGUCCGCGGACAUCGUCGACUACCUGCGGACGACCUACGGC